AUAAACAUUAUAAAGAAAGGUUCCUUGGGGAAAGAUAAUAACUAUGGAAGAAGUGAUGUGAGGGAAAUGAUGGAUUAUUAGAAUUGAGGUGAUUAAGAAAGAAGAAAAGAGGAGUGACAGUUAAACGAGAGAAGAAAAAGAAGUUUGCUUGCAGUGACAGUUACUGAGUUAGGGAGUGGUACAAAAGUCAUUGUGUUGUGGCAGUUCCUGUUAAUCUGUCUAUCCCCUUCCUGAAAGCUCUUCCCACAAAUUUAUCAAACACUUUAAAACCACCAUUCUCCUGUCUUCUCUUUUCUGCACUACCAAUCAACUCUUCUGUUUUCUCCUCACUUCGUUUUCGUAAUUGUUAACACCACAAUGGAAUCUGAAAACGGGCUUGCUGUGGAGGAAGAGAAGCGUGUUAUCGGGAUAACAACCAAGGUGGAGAGUAUCAAGAAAGAAGAUGAAAAGGACUGUAAUGGUGCAGAAAUUCAGACCAUGAAUGAAGAGGCUAAAGACCCCAUUUCUGCUGCAGUUGAAGCCUCCAAAACUUCAAAAGGUGCCACUAAGGAAAAUGGUGGCAGAGCAAGUGUUGGUUCCAAGAGCAACAAAUAUGGCAGAGAUAAUUUGAAGGGUCUAAGUUCAAUGGCUCAGAAACAAAGGCCAUCCCUUUCCCAAAGCGUUUCUUUCCCACCCAGAUCAUCUGGGGAAGAUGCUAUGCAGAAAAGCAUUGAUGGGUAUAUUGUGAAGACAAAAGUUAAAGACGUUCAAGGUUAUGCCCCCAUUCGUCAUUUAAACAAGUCCACAAACUCUGGAGUGAAACACUCUGCGUUUGGAAGGACUACUAUAGUUACUCUAGCCACCAAGAGCCAAAUUUCUGAGGCAUCGUUACUUGUUGAUCAUGUGUUAAACACAGCAAAAUCUGCAAAACCAAAUAAAGAUGAUGAUUGCCAUUCCGCAACUUCAAGUGCUACUCCUCGUCUGAGAAGCAGUGGAAUUGGAUUUUCCUUGCGAUUGGAAGAAAGAGCUGAAAAACGAAAGGAGUUUUUCUCAAAGUUGGAGGAAAAAACUCUAGCCAAGGAAGCAGAGAAAACUAACCUACAAGCAAAAUCAAAGGAAAACCAGGAGGCAGAGAUCAAGCUAUUGAGGAAGAGCCUGACAUUCAAAGCCACUCCAAUGCCAAAUUUCUACAAGGAACCACCUCCUAAAGUUGAGCUUAAGAAGAUACCAACAACACGCCCAAAAUCCCCAAAGCUUGGAAGGCACAAAGAACCUAAAAUGAACAACAAUUCAGGAGAAGAUAAGUGUUGCUCAAGCCCGCGUGGGAAACAACAGCAGAAUGAUUCAAACAAGGGUAAGGGUCAAAAGGAUGUGAUUUCAAAGAAACAAGUCAGAAAAACCUACUCCAAGGUGAAGUCUGAGGAAAAUGUAAGCGCAGAAAACAAAGAAUUCCAAGUUCCAAAUGACAACAAUUCUGAAUGCAAAAAUGACAUGGCGUUACAAUCUGAACCAGGUCAUGCAUCAAAUACUGCACUGCUUCUGAAUUCUACUACGACAGAGCUUGUGUCGUAUGAGGUUAUUGUUGGAGUGUAGAUUUAUGUAAGAUUAUGUAAGAUUAGAGUUGUAUGUUGUUAAUUAUUUCCUUAUCAUUGUGAAUACAGAGGUUGGUUCAUGUUCAUCAUAAGCCGAGUAUUAUUCGAAAUAAGAGUUGAUCUUUUUUAUGUUCA